AUGGCGAAAGCUACGAGACCAAAGACGCUCGCGGAGCAGAUUGCUGAGCUUGAGGAUCCUGCGCCUAAAGAUUUCGAUCCCGAGGAUCACGGCGAGCAAGCGGCGAACGGAACAGACGAAGGCUCUGAUGAUGAAUCAUCGAAUGAGAACGAUGCAAGGGAGCACUAUGUCGACGUGGGAAAGAGUAAACUGCGUAAGCGCGACGCUGUUCCGCUCGGCCCGCAGUACAAAGGCUCUCGUGUCAGCCGAGACGCAGUGCUGGAAGAGGACAGCGACGACCCGUUCGCUCGAGGUUUCGACGAAGAGAGUAGCGAGGAGGAGGAGGAGGAGGAGGAGGAGGAAGGCUCUUCGUAUGCCGCGAAUGGUGUCCAUCCUGGGGAAGAGGAGGCUUCUACGACCGGCAGUGAGGACGGCUUCUCAGGCGAGGAUGAAGAAUUGGAUGGUAUGAGCGCCGACGAUGGGACUUCUGCCACAGACAUGAGCGAUGGAAGCCCAGACGAAGACACCGACAUGGAUACGGACGGUGAUGGUGGAGUGGACAUUGAUCGCGCGGAGCUUAGGAAGAUCAUGGCGGAAGAGCAGAAGAGCGUGGCGGCAACCAUCUCACAAGCAGCACAGGAAGAUGCCAAGAAAGGCCGUGCAGUAAAGACACAGCGGACGACUUUCGAUUCUCUGCUCAACUGCCGUAUACGGCUACAGAAAGGAUUGAUAUCUACCAACUCCCUUCCGUCGGCGAACGAUAACGGCGGAAUCGACGGCAGUACCGAUGGAGACGCUGUCCGUGCCGCCGAGACUGCCGCGCUCAAUCUUUUGAACUCCCUUAACAGCCUCCGCGAGACCCUCGACACGGCUCGAACUGGUACUAAGCGGAAGCGCACCGAGUAUACAACAUCCUCACCUGCAUCCCUAAUCUGGGAACAGAUGCAGUCGUACGAGAGCACGAGCCAUCCACAUCGCCAAGCUGUCCUUCAAAAGUGGUCAGCCAAAGCACGGGGUGCAAGUGUUCUUCCUCCAUCACGCCGACUCAACGCUGCCGCCGAGCAGACCAUUGUCGAUGUGCUUGACGCCCAACUCGCUAAUCCCUCCCGUCUCGUCAAGCGGACUCGGACACCGCGAUCUUGCGCGCCGAUGCAAGCUGCGGCUGGUGUCGUGGAGUCAGCAGAUAUCUACGAUGACGCUGACUUCUACGGUCUCUUACUCAAAGAGCUACUCGAGCAGCGAAGUCAAGAUGCCUCCUCUGGCGUUGGUGUCCAGCUGUCCGGCGUCAACUUGAAUGUGCCCACCUGGCAAGCAGCCCGAGAAGCCAAGACGAAGAGGAAUGUCGAUACGAAAGCGAGUAAGGGCAGAAAACUUCGGUAUACAGUGCACGAAAAAUUGCAGAACUUCAUGGCGCCUGAGGAUAGGGGUACGUGGGGUGAGAGACAGGCUGAGGAGCUUUUUGGAAGCCUGUUCGGGCGGCGGAUGGGGCUUGCAGAGGAGGAGCAAGGAGGUGCCGAUGAGGAAGAUUUUGAUGCUGAGGAGGCUGGACUGCUGCUUUUCAGGAGCUAG